AUGAUUGAUCUAGUGAUGAUGAUGAUUGAUCUAGUGAUGAUGAUUGAUCUAGUGAUGAUGAUGAUUGAUCUAGUGAUGAUGAGGAUUGAUCUAGUGAUGAUGAGGAUGAGGAUUGAUCUAGUGAUGAUGAGGAUGAGGAUUGAUCUAGUGAUGAUGAUGAUGAUUGAUCUAGUGAGGAUGAUGAUUGAUCUAGUGAUGAUGAUGAUUGAUCUAGUGAUGAUGAUUGAUCUAGUGAUGAUGAGGAUGAGGAUUGAUCUAGUGAUGAUGAUGAUGAUGAUUGAUCUAGUGAGGAUGAUGAUUGAUCUAGUGAUGAUGAUGAUUGAUCUAGUGAUGAUGAGGAUGAUUGAUCUAGUGAUGAUGAUGAUUGAUCUAGUGAGGAUGAGGAUGAUGACUCCGGACCAUGAACCAGCCUGGACAGCAGCUGCUCCCCACGUAGACCUCUCCUCCCAGACGUCAGCCCAGAGGAUGCUGGGAAUGUGUCGCGGGCGCAGGAAGUUCCUGGUGGCCUCCCUCGCCUUGCUCUUCAUCCCCGCACUCACCUGGCUUUACCUGUCAGUGGGCAGUUUUCAAGUUAGGCCCCUCCCCCUGUCUCCAUUGGAAGCUCAGUCGUCUGCUCCGCUGAGUGGAGCUGGUGAGCGGCAGGCCUUAGAGCUGAGGGUCCAGGCAGUGGAGGAGGAGAACCGGGCGCUGCGCCAGGAGCUCAGUCGGCCACCCAAAAAUAAGUUUGCACGCUUUCCAGAUGACGCCCGCCGUGGGAACCAGAACCGGACUUACUCAGAGGAAGGCACCGGGGACAACGAAGGUCAGAGGAAGGCUGCAGUGGCAAACAGCUCGGACUGUGUGCAGCAGCCGGUGGUGGACAAGUGCGAGACCAUCAACGUGGCCAUCGUGUGUGCAGGUUACAAUGCAAGUCGAGACGUGGUGACACUGGUCAAAUCUGUCCUCUUUCACAG